UCGGACGCAAACCCUAGAAGCCGCCGGUCUUUGAAGCUCUCAGAUCGAUCUCUCGCCGAUUCAUUCUUCUCCUCCUCCUCCUCUUCUUCUUCGACGACGAGUAGCAAAGGUUCCUUUUAUCAACUCAUGUGCAAGAGGUUUGUCAAUUGUUACAUUGGAAAUUGAUACACCAAGGUUAAGAUUGGUGAUUGGACAUGGAUCUGAUUCUUCCAUUCAAAAAGGGUGAUUUUGCAGAGUCAAAGUCAUUCAUCGAUGGUUACAAAGGUGCAUGGUUUCGCUGUAAGAUUAUAGAUACGCGUGUAACAGAAACGGGGAACCUUGAGUAUUUCCUGGAGUAUAUUGAUUAUCGAGAUGAAGAGAAAACAUGGACUAGAGUCUUUGAAAAGAACCCAGCUUAUGUCGAAAGGAACUCAAAUGCGGAUAUAGAAUGCAUGCUUCGUCCUUCCUUUCCUGAGUUGUAUCAGGGGGAUCAAGUUCCUGAGCAAUUUCCAAAGAGUAAUAUGAUAGUAUCCUUCUGUGAUACCCCGAAAGUAGGUGAUCUGAUUGAAUGGUUGUCUGAAGGUUCUUACUGGACUGGGAAAAUUACUAAGUUACUCAACGAAGAUAUGGUUAAGGUACAGCUGUUGAAACCUCCCUUAGGUGAAGGUCGUUGUUAUCCUGCUUACUGUAAGGACAUCAGGCCUGCUCUUAAUUGGUGCCUGGUAGAAGGUUGGACUGUACCUCUUUCACAGGCAAAUGGACGCUGCUGGUAUGCUGCUCGUCUGAUUCAUCAUAGAUCUGACACAGAUAAGAGCAGUUCAGAUGAAGAGGCGACAUCUGACGACGAUGAAGAGGAAGCACGGAAAUCCUUGAAAAGAUCAUCAAAUACAUCACAAGAAGCUCCAGAAUCCUCGAGGAAAUUCUUGAAAAGAUCAGAUAAAUCACAAGAAUCUCCAGGUUCCUCGAGCCUGGAAAUUUCAUCAGAUGCAACUGCCACUUGUAGGCUAAACAGUCAGCCAGCUACCAUUGCCACAACCUCGGGGAUUCUGAGACCCAGUAUCUAAUCUAAAUCAUUGGGUCAUUAUAGUAGUAAUGGUGCAAAAGCAGCUGUGACCUUGUAGGCCUUUUAGUAGUAGGUUAGCACUUAGCAGGUCAGCCCACAUACAUCCUUAGACUACUGAGGAAAUAGGCAUGUCUGAAGCGCUUUGUUGUGGAGCUGUACACUUGCACUGCCAGAUCUCGUCAACAACCUGAAUUGGCCACACCAGAAAUAUACUGCUGAUGAUGGUGGUCAAAUCUCUU